UUGCAAUUCUCAAUCGUUGUUACUUCACAAUAUCAUUAGACGAGGCGGCGUCAGUUCAACACCACGAUGUCGACUAGAAAUCGAUUAGAUCUAGUAAUACUUGGCGCAACUGGUUUCACGGGAAAACACGUGGUUAAGGAGCUGACGCGGAUUGGCAAGAAUUACCCAGAUAUCACGUGGGCUGUAGCUGGAAGGAACCGGAACAAACUGGAAAAUGUUCUUCAAGAAAUAUCGAAAAAAACUGGUGAUGAUUUGUCAAAAGUUGAAAUAAUAAUAGCUGACGUAGAGGACAAAAUUUCUAUAAUGGAGAUGUGUUGUCAAGCGGAAGUCUUGGUCAACUGCUGCGGCCCUUUUGUACAGUAUGGGGAAGUAGUGGUGUCCACUGCUAUUGACAGCAAGACACAUUAUGUUGAUGUCAGUGGGGAGACUCAGUUCAUUGAGUUGUUGGAAGAAAAGUAUGAUCAGCCGGCACGUGAAGCAGGAGUCUAUGUUAUCAAUGCCUGUGGUCUCAGCAGUAUCCCGGCAGAUCUUGGGGUGUCAUUCUUGGAGCAGAAUUUUGGUGGCACGUUAAAUUCUGUGGAGUCAUAUUUAAUAACUCAUUUCCCACCAAAGAUGAUGGCGGAAAGCAAACGUAACGGUAUUAUCCGAUACAGCAGUUGGGUAUCAAUUAUUAACAGCAUGGCAUACAUAUCUAUGAAAAAGAUUCGACAAAGACCGUGUUUUGAUGUUGAACCGGAAUUGAAACAGAGGUGCCUGCUUCAUAAGAAUUUAAACAAAUGGUGUCUCCCGUUUCCGGGUGCGGACAGUUUCGUAGUCCAUCGCACACAACGACACCUCUUAGCGACGGAUGGCAAGCGACCGGUUCAAUACAAGCCUUAUAUAACUUUCCCUUCUAUAUUCUCCGCGAUAGGGACCAUUAUUGGUUGCAUUUUGCUAUUCAUUUUGAGCAAGAUACCUUGUACGAGACGGUUGCUUCUAAAACAUCCGAAGUUCUGUUCAUUUGGACUAGUGACAUAUGGUGAUCCAAAUGAGAGCGCGAUGGACGGCUCCCGCUUUCAAUAUGACAUGUUGGGGAGAGGUUGGGACGAGGGGACCGAUGUGGGGGGCACGCCAGACAAGAGAGUUGUCGCCAGAGUUAGCUUGUCUGGUGUUGAUCCGGCUUACGUCGGCACGGCUGUGGGCAUCGUAUUAUCAGCCAUAGCUAUUCUAAAGGAGAAAGAUAAAUUGCCUCCCACAAGUGGAGUUAUGACAGCUGGCGUCGCGUUCAGGAAAACAAGUAUCCUCAAACAUUUGCAAGAGAAUGACUUUAAGUUUGAAAUUGUUGAAAAUUACAAACAGUCUAAAGAAUAACAAUAAUAAUUUAAGGAAUAUUUCUACAGCCAUCCCAUAACGAUUAAACUAUAGACCUCU